AUGGCCAUUUCAGGGUCCGGAUCCUCAAAAUCCCGAAGGAUCCAGAAGGACACGAGGAGUAACUGCGAAGUGCCAAACCGCGAAAAUGUCUGUCACACAGGGGACUUCGAGCAUAUUCGAUUGCAAAGGCUUGCCUGCUCGAUCAUUAACUUCCACGAAACGCCGGACGCUGUCCUAGACCAGUCCGAGCUCGAUCUACUCAAACGCUUCGCGGACAGCCGUCCAUUGAGAAUCGAGACAAGAUCCUCAAAGAGAAAGGUUGAGUUGAUGAGUCUGGUCAGCGAAGGGGAAGUAAGGCAGCAAGCAGCGGAAGCCUGGCUGGCCAUUUGGUCUCCCGGUAUGGGAGCGACGAGCCAGCCUCGGAUGACCGAGACUGGGAGCUUCUUACAGAAUGGUUCGUAA